AGCUCACCCAAAGGGCAAAACAUCAUCUGUGGGGGCAAGAAAAGGACACCAUCUAAUCAAGAAAACCAUGUACAUCUGCAUAUCUACACACUGCCUCACUAAACAACAGACUACAACCACAUCUUCUGCCUCCCACAAAGUCAGUGAACAGAAGACAUGAGGAUACUCGAUGAACAAGGACGGACAGUCACUGACCUCAUGAAGACAUCGGGUCAGAGAAGCCCACAGGGGAAUCGUCUUCCUUUCAGCCCACACAUUACCUGCGUCCAUUCAUCCAAAAUCCCUAAUGAGAAGCAGCUCAUGGACACAAUGUUUAUUGUUGGUGGUUGGACCCCAACAGUGACGUCAUGCGCUGUGGAACGAUUUUAUCCUUUCUAUAAUGAAUGGAGAACAAUGGCACCAAUGCUGAAGCGUUGUGGAGAUGUAGCUGUCUGCUCAUUGGGUGGAUUGAUCUUUACUGUAGGUGGACGUAAUGACAUCACCAGUGUGAGCAGUGUGGAAAAGUAUGACCCGAAAACAAAUCAGUGGAGCAGCGAGGUGGCAUCCCUCAGCAGCCCCCGCAGUGGUGUGUGUGUGGUGGAGAUGGAUGGGUUCAUGUAUGCCCUGGGGGGAUUUGAUGGAACAGUCUGUACCAACAUUGUAGAGAGAUAUGAUCCUGUGCUGAACACUUGGACCAAAAUGGCUCCAAUGCUCCAGCAUCGCUCUGGGGCGGCUGCGGCAGUACUGGAUGGGUUCUUAUAUGUCAUGGGAGGAACUGAUGGACACAUUCCAUUGAAUUCAGUUGAGCGAUUUAACCCGCUGGAAGGAACAUGGCAUCCAUGUCCUCCUAUGCGAUCUGCCAGAGAGAAUCCAGGCUGUGCGGUGUACUUACGACGGAUCUAUGUGGCGGGCGACAGAGAUGAAUUACUUUUGGAGCUCAGCACGGCAGAGAAGUUUGACCCUGACAACCUCAAGUGGACCCUGGUCAAACACAUGAAACAUAAGCGGUUUAAAGUUUCACUGGCAGUGUUUGACGGGACGCUGCAGGCAGUCGGAGGCUCAGAUGGGAUAUCAACUCUUACAUCAGUUGAGGCUUAUAACCCUGACUCAAACACUUGGAGACACUUUGGAUGUAUGAAGACUAAGCACGCAGGGGCUGGGGUUGUCUUGCUAAAAAGACACAUUAAGGACUUGCUCUAAAUUUGUGCCUUAAUUGCUAAACUUUUAGUUUGCUCUCUGAGUAAAAAAUCUAUUUGGUAGAUCUGUGACAGCAGUAAAAUGCGUUAUCAUCGAGUUUUAUGAUUGGUUGAGCUAAUACUGUAUGUCAGUUUAUUGAGAUGAGUAAUGAAAUGAGUGAGCAGAAAAAUUAUUUAAUAUCAACCAUGAGAGAAACCAUCCCUUACAUUAGAUGGGUCUCUCUGGGAAGGUUUUAUUUACAGACAAAAUGAGUGCACAGUUAUUGAAAGUGCCUUGUUAAGUGCUCUUACUAAUAGGCAGUCCCUCUGGAGCAAUUUGGUGUUACAAGCAUUGGUCAGUGGCACUUUAAUGAAAGGAGAUCUUAGUAUUUCUCCAUUUAACCCCUUUUAGGGUAUAAACCUCAGGCCUUUGGGUUUCCAUCCCAGACCACAUAUUACAACCACCCCAUGAAGGUUCAACAUCUCCCUCAUGUAAGAUUGUGUAAAAAAUAUUAAAGCUCUUCUGUUAAAAA